AAGAGUAAUAACGGUGUAAAGGUCAAAUAUUUCUAUUAUUUUAGUAUUAAAAGUACGGUGGGAAUUAAAGAAUGAGUUUUAUGGAGGAGCAAAGGUCGCAAGGUGUGGUCGAUGAGCAAAUUCAAGCCUUCAUAGAGACUGAAGCUAAAAAGCAGCAGUUUCAGGAAUUGACAUUUCAUUUAACUGGCAUUUGUUGGGAAAUCUGCGUUGGACGUCCUGAAGCAUGUUUGAAUCCAAAAGUUGAAAAGUGUUUCAUAAAUUGUGUAGAUAGAUUUAUCGACACGACAAACUUUAUUACAAACAGAUUGGAACGUGUAGUUUUGAACAACUAUUCGAAAGUGGAUGUACAGUAA